UUAAACCCUUCCUUCUACAGUCUCUCUCUCUCUCUCUGCAAUUGGGAUGGCCGAAAACGACACCGUAUUGCUCCGCGCCCUGGAGCUCCGCCUCCUCCGCUGUUCUCUCCCGGCGGAACAUCCGCCGCCGAUCGGCGAAGCCUUGACCCUUGAUUCUCUAAGUCUCCCAAGCCUGGUAAGUGAUGUAGUUGCUCUUAUCGAAUCAGGUUGCUACGUCGAGGCUGUCGCCUCGUCCGCCGCUUCGCGAGCACUGUUUAGGGAUCUGCGAUUGGAUUCGGUUAGUUCAGCUGAGUUCUUCUAUCGCGAGAUACUCCCCGAGUGCGUACGCUCGUUUUUGGAUGUUAAUUCUGGUCAGGACUCGGGAGAAUUGAGGUAUAAAGCGCUGCUUGUAAUGGCGGUUGGGGUUGCUGCGUUGCUUGCAUUCACUCAGUGCAAUUUUACAGGGCCAUCGGACAACCUUCCUUUGAUGCCACUGGUGAAUCUAUUAACACAGAAAUAUGGAAUUGGAGGUGUUGAUUGGAUAGAGUGGGAAGCAUGGGCGCUUAAAGAGCUAACAUCUGUUGGUUCCGACUUGCUUGGAAAAUUCAAAAAUUUGCAGUACUUAGUUUUUGCAAAGACUCUGCUAGAAAGAACAAAAGAUGUGCUAUUUGAAGGAAAUUUGUCUUCAAUUUAUGGAGUAAGAAGCAUCUGGUGGUGGUUGGUCAGAGCUUUGUUCUUGCAUCAAAAGUUGUUGGAUGAGCGAUCUUCUCCACUUUUUGAUUUAUUACAAGUUUAUGCACAUGAAAGUUUAUUUCAUCUUGGAACCUUGGAGAAGAUAAAAGAUUACUGGUGCGUUGGUGAAGGUUGUUCAACUAUUCUAUCAAUUCUUCGUUUGGAAGUAGAGAUCCUGGAACUUUACUAUGGGCGCGUAGAUGCUUCCAAGUUACAUAUUCAAUCAGCUGCAGAAGUUUCCAGCUCAAACUUUUUUGUAAGUGGGGCUCUUGGUUUUCGAACUGUCCAUCAGGUGGAGCCAAAGGCACAACUGCAACUAGUUUCUGAAACAGCCACCGGACGUCCCAGCAUUCCUGUAAGCUCCAACUCAGGCAUUAAUGACACUUCUCCUCUACUUCAGCAACAUUCUGAAAUGAAUGAAGCUUCUGAUGUAUUGAUGACUCCUAGAUUCAUAGAAGAUGAGACACAGUCUAAAUGUGUUGGGCAAGAUGUUCAAUAUCAAGCAGCUGCAAACUCCCAAUUAAAGGGAUCUCAACAAGCUGUGAUUCUGGCACAUUGUCUGUUAAUUGAGAGAAUUGCUCGCAAUGAUGAAUUGCAAAAAUGGGAAAUGGCUCCAUAUAUAGAGGCUAUUGAUUCUCAAAAAAUUUCUCCAUUCAUUCUCCGAUGCUUCAGCAGCAUAUUACGUGUCCGGUGGGAGUCAAGUCGUGGAAGAACUAAGCAACGCGCAUUGCUAAUGAUGGAUCAUCUGGUUGAAAGUAUACGCAGCUCUUCUCCUGGAGUCCCCGAAAGACUGCACUACUUUUUUGCAGUUAACAUGCCUUCAAUUCCUGCUCUUAGAAAGGAGUAUGGUGAUCUCUUAGUAAGCUGCGGAUUAGUCGGCGAAGCCCUUAAAAUAUACGAGGAUCUUGAGCUAUGGGAUAACCUGAUUCAUUGCUACCAGCUAAUGGAUAAGAAAACUGCAGCCGUUGAUCUCAUCAAGAAACGCCUGCUUGAGAAGCCAUUCGACUCGAGAUUGUGGUGUUCACUUGGCGAUGUUACUGACGACGACACUGCCUAUGAGAAAGCCCUUGACGUCUCGGGAAGGAGGUCUGCACGAGCAUUCAGAUCUCUUGCUCGGUCCUUGUACAACCGGGGAGAUUAUGACAAGUCAAAAACCCUCUGGGAAUCCGCAAUGUCUUUAAAUUCCCUGUAUCCGGAUGGCUGGUUCGCACUCGGCGCAGCCGCCUUAAAAUCGAGAGACGUCGACAAGGCGCUGGAUGCUUUCACACGUGCUGUUCAACUCGAUCCGGAAAAUGGAGAGGCUUGGAAUAACAUAGCUUGUUUGCAUAUGAUUAAAAAUCGAAGCAAAGAGUCUUUCAUUGCGUUCAAAGAAGCUCUUAAGCUGAAGCGGGACAGCUGGCAGAUGUGGGAAAAUUACAGCCGUGUCGCUGCAGAUAUUGGGAACUUUACACAGGCAAUAGAAGCCAUACAAAAGGUGCUGGACAUGACCAAAAGGAAACGAGUCGACUCCGAGCUGUUGGAAAGAAUUAUGGUAGAGGUCGAGGGCCGAGCAAAUACUGAUGUUGAAUCAAAUAUAGCCAGCAACAGUGGUACACUUUACGACUCUACUAGAAAUCGGGAGACUGAUCACUUGAUGGAGCUUGUUGGUAAAAUCUUGAAACAGAUUGUUCAAAGCGGUGGGAGCCCCCCCGACACAUGGGGACUGUACGCCAGGUGGCACAAACUGAAAGGUGAUCUUGCAAUGUGCUCGGAGGCCCUACUGAAACAAGUCCGAGCGUAUCAGGGAUCCGAUUUAUGGAAAGACAGGGAGCGGUUUGUAAGAUUCGCACGAGCCUCGUUGGAGCUGUGUAAAGUGUACCAAGAAGUCGCCCGGCGUGGCAACACCCGUAAGGAACUAUUUGCUGCCGAGAUGCUCUUAAAAAAUAAUAUUAAACAGGCGACAGAUAUUUGGUCCGACACAAAGGAGUAUAGAGAUCUGGUAGCUUGCCUGGAAAACGUGGAAGGGGCUUUGCAUUCUACUACUUGAAUAUUGAUAUUGAUAUUGAUAUUUAUAUUUAUAUUUAUAUUUUAGGAUGGCGAUUAUCGUGAAGGCAAGGCCAGGCCAUUGCGGAUGCAUGAUUCUACCGGGUAUGUCGCUUGGCCCGAUCUUUAAUUUUUGUGGGCAGAAAUGGUAGUUUGUUUGUUUGGUUGUUAUAUAAAAAUUUGUUGUGUUUAUGCAAUUUAUAUAUUUAUGUAUUUAUGUGAGUUGCGCACGGGGUAAACCCUAGGUCGAAUUUAAUACCCUUGGCCCGACAGAUAAAUCACACUAGACGAACUAUGUAUGGCAGAUAACCUAGAGACAUCAAGGGUUUGAACUCAUGACUUAAUGAUCAUAAAUCCAAUCCCACGCCACUAAGUCAUUUUUUACGGACAUGUAUGUUUUGUUUGUUUGUAGGUGUGAAUGUGUGAUGUCAAGCCUUGCGUUGAUUUUGAGGUUAGGGUAGGCUGUGUUACUGUUUCUUCAUGGAUGGGUUUUUAUU